AUGGCCAAUCUCACGGCUGAGGACGGUGGUCCACUUCAAAUUGAGCUGUGGGAUCCUGCUUCGCAGCAACGCUUUGACACAGAAGAAGUUUCCACCAUGAAGGCUCAUAUCUAUGUGCUGGAUGGUGAUUUUGGAAACGAGGAGUGGACUGCAGAAGAAUUUAAAGCUGGAAUUCUGAAACCAAGAGAGGGGAAGGGACCAUUACUUAGAGGAGAAACGAUUAUUAGACUUGUAAAAGGGGUUGGUUUUAUCAAUAAGAAGAUGAUGGCGAUUACUGAUAAUUCUCGCAGGACAAGAAGCGGAAAGUUUCGGUUAGGAGUUAAGGUUGAGGAAUCUAACUCCCUUGGAGCAGGAAUCAGGGAAGCCAUAAGUGAACCGUUUAGGGUCAAGGAUAGCCCGACCAAGAAACCCGACCGUCCAUCAUUGAACGAUAAGGUGUGGCGUCUGAAGCACAUAGGGAAAGGGGGUCCGCUUCACAGGCAGCUUUCUGACAAUGGAAUAAAAACUGUGAAGGAUCUUUUGCGGUUGAACGCAACCGGUUCAUUACGAGAGAAUUUCGGUAAGAUUAAUAAUUGGGACAAAAUCAUUGCCCAUGGUGAAGAUUGUGAGGUAGAUGAUUAUGAGCGCUACAGCUAUGAGUAUCAUGGUAUGCAACUUGUCUUCAACUGCAUCUAUGAGGUUGUGGAGGUGAUUUUUCACGGGCAACAACACCCUCGUUCUCUGCAAUCUCUGGAUUCGCAGGAGAAGUGUUUGGUGGAAAGAGUUAAGAGGGACGCCUACUCAAAUCUGCAGUAUCUGAAGCCCAUUGAGACACAAACACAUGGUUCACAUCAAGUUCUGCCAGAACGCCUCCUGCCAGCUCAGCAAGGCCCAUUACAAACAUGGCCAUCCACCUCAACAUUAAAUAUUAAUGAAGCUGCAAACAAUGGCCUUGUGGUAAAUCCUGAUCCACUCCGAACAAUCCUGGGAAAAAUGCCACUAAAUAUGUCUUUUGGGGGCAUGGUUGUCCCCGAAGAAGCAUGUACUAAUAUUGAUGGAAACGAAUGGGAUGAAAUUCAAAGUUACUUUACUCCUAACCCUAACCCUAACCCUAACCCUAACUCUAACCAUAACCAAUGGGAGCAACCAAUUUAUUCCUCCUAUGCCUAUGGUGAUAAUGGAGCACCAUGUAGCAUCAUCUUCAACAAUUCCACUUUGCUCAACAAUUCUGGGUACAAGCCAAGCAAAAGGAAAACCAAGACGGUGUGGCAGAAGAUUAGAAAUGCUCUGAAAUGGCCAAGAGCUUCUGCCCAGAAGUUCACGAUGUUCAAACCAAAUUACCCACAGUUUUACCCCUUUCGUGGUGACCAACAGAUACGUAUAGCGUACAGUGCGCACAAAAAGCAUAUGCAACUGAAUGAAUUUUGCACACAAUCCCAGCAAGAUGGCGACGAGAGGGGUGAUCGAAAACGGAGACUUGAACGACGCCAAGAUUCACAACUUUCGAAUCCCUCUGGCACCUUUGGAAGUUUAAGGUAUCUCACUGGGAAUGACCUGAUACCGUCCUUGGCAGAUUCAUUUCGAAAAUCGCUACGAGAGGAGUUGGAACGCCAACUAGUUCCAAGACCAAUUAGUAAUCAACCUGAAAUGUCUGGAGCCUGCAGAUUCUUGAAGCUGGUUUUUAGGAAUGAGUUGCCUGAUACAAUCCAUACUUUCUCCAAGAUCAAAGCUAGAGACGACACUCCUCUCGAGGUUGUUCUUUUUGAUAUUGAAUCUCGGUCUAUAGUCUGUGAUGAAGAUGAUCCACUCUCUUCGAUCAAGAUAGAGAUUUGCGUCCUUAAUGGUGAGUUUGGUUCAGAUGGCAGUGAAAAUUGGAGUAACCAUGAAUUCAACUCCAAAAUCUUACGUCAAAGAGACAAUAAAGGGCGGUUACUGAAAGGAGAUACAGUUAUUACGCUUGAAAAUGGAGUUGCUUUCAUCCACAAUUUAUCAUUCACUGACAACUCAUGUUGGAUAAGAACACGACAAUUCAGGUUAGGAGUCACGGUUGUGAAAUCAAAUUUGAAUGGUGCAAUAAACAUCAGAGAAGGUAUAAGUAAACCUUUCAUUGUCAAGGACUCCAGAGUGAAUAAGAAAAAGGACCCGUCCCUCAAUGAUAAAAUAUGGCAUUUGAAACAUAUAUCAAAAUAUGGUAAAAUUUAUAAGCAGCUGUCUAAGAAUGGGAUAGACACAGUCGAGGAUCUGUUGAAGGAGCAUGAAACCAAUCCAUCAUCUUUACAAGAGAAAUUUGGCAAGAUUGCCAAAAGGAAACAGGAAGAAAUUAUGAAGCAGGCUAAGAAAGCAAAGCAUGAUGAGACUGGUGUUGCUGAAGCCAUAUUUGAUGGAAAAAAUUAUCAAGCUGAGAAUAAUACUCUCAACUCCAACCAGAGGAAUCUGGUGCAGACUGAGGCAAUAAAACAUGGUGCUCCAGAUGAAGAUCUUCAACCGUGUGUCUUCCCAAUUGUUCACCAAGAAGAAAACUUAUGGCUAAUGGACCCACUAAAAUGCUUAGCAUUUGUCGAUGGAAACAUAGGAUCUGACAUGAGUCCUUUGUCCUUUCCCCGUGAUGAUGAAGCAGAACCUAGCAAUCAUGCGUCUCUACCCUACCCUGCUUUCUGCAUAUCAAACAAAGGCAAAAGCAAGAUGGUUUGA